CUUCUUGCGUCGCCAAAGAGGGAGGAAGAAGAAGAAGAAGAAGAAGAAGAAGAAGGCCAACAGACGAUGCUCAGGAGAGCCUGGCCUCGGCGCCGACUCAGCACCACUGGCGCGCCUCGCAGUUGGAUCGUUCUUGGGCAAGCAUGUCCAAGGCCUGCCUCGCUCGUCGCAGCCACGUUAAAGGCCGGUUGCGCACACCGGUCGACGUCGUCUUCCUCGUCUUCGCUCUCCAGACCGCUGUCGCCCGUCGCUCACAUCGCAAGCGCAAACGUCGGCAAGCGCGUGAGCGUGGCGGGAUGGCUCGUGUCGCUGCGGAGAAUCUCCAAGAGCCUCGUGUUUGCCGUGCUGCUGUUGCCCUCUGGCCGGGGCAGGCUCCAGCUCGUCGCGCGAGAGGACCAGAGGCACGUCGCCGAGUCGUGGGAGCGCGCGGGCCUCCAUGGCGUCGUGCACGUCGAAGGAAUCUUGCGGUCGAGGCCUCAAGAAGCGCAACGCCAGGGCAAGAACCCUUCCGACCAGCUGGCUGACCUCGAGCUGGAAGCGAGCGAGACGACGGUUCUGAAUGCUGUUCCGUCUGGAUCACUGCCCUUUGACCCCAUGGACGAGGUGGCGCCGGCUCGCGACGAGAUCAGGGCCAAGCAUCGGUACCUCGACCUGCGAUCGGCCAAGCUGGGCCACAACCUUCGACUGCGCAGCAAGGUGGCAUGGACCGUGAGGGAGUACCUUCACAGCCAGGACUUUACCGAAAUCGAGACGCCGAUCCUGCUCCGCUCGACGCCCGAGGGCGCACGCGAGUACCUCGUCCCUGCGCGCCAGGCCUCGUCGACCAUCACGAGCAUCGCUGAGCCGCGCUUCUAUGCGCUGCAGCAGUCGCCCCAGCAGCCCAAGCAGCUCCUCAUCGCUUCCGGUGUCACGGACCGGUACUUCCAGCUGGCCCGGUGCUUUCGCGACGAAGACGGGCGCAAGGACCGCCAGCCAGAGUUCACCCAGAUCGAUGUCGAGAUGGGCUUCGUCAGCGGCUGCCCAGCGACGGCCAUCGACGGCUGGCAGAUUGGCGCCGUCGAAGUGAGAGAGGUCGUCGAGGGUUUGGUGCGCAAGAUCUGGAAGGUGGCGAGGCCCGACCAUCCACUCCCGAAACACUUUCCCGUGAUGAGCUACGACGAGGCCAUGUCGCGCUACGGGUCCGACAAGCCAGACGUGCGCAGUGGGCUGCAGCUGUACGAUCUGACGAGCGCCCUCGACGGCUCGGCAGAAGAGUCAGCGCAGGAGCAAGGGGUGGACGACGAGGCUGACACGGCCAUCGAAGUGCUGGCCGUGACGCUCCCGACUGGAACCUUGUCAAACAAGGAGGUGCAGCAGCUGGCGAUGGCUGUCCCGGGCGUCGAGUGCUUCAAGGUCAGGCGAGAGGAGCCAAACAGCAUUGCUUCGCUCCUGCUCCGGAAGAGCACAAACGUGCGCACCUACCUCUCGAGUCAAGAGAUCGAGCCGACGCAGGUCGACGCCGAUCGACUCGCGCGCGCCGUCGAGGGUGCCAUCGAGGCUGGCAGCACCACGCCGCCCACCUCUCCGUCAGGGGAGGCAGUGACGCACCUCUUUGUCGCCACGCGGCGGCGGCCUUUUGCUGGAGGCAGCACCUCGCUCGGCGACGCUCGACUCGCCCUGCUCUCCCAGCUCCGUACAGCAGCAGCAGCAGCAACCGGGCACCUUGCACAGGAGGAGGGCGACCGCUUCGUCUGGAUCACCCACUUUCCCCUCUUUACACGCGCCGACGGCGACAAGGAGCAUCUCGCGCGCGGCCGCUGGAGCAGCACCCACCACCCCUUUACCGCGCCUGUCGAGGCGGACCUCGCCGCGCUCCAGGCCGUCCUGCAGCGCCACGACGGCGACCGUGAGCGCGUGCUCAAGCACUGCAAGGGCCAGCACUACGACCUCGUUCUCAACGGCGUCGAGGUCGGCGGCGGCUCCGUCCGCAUCCAUUCGCCGCACCUCCAGCGCCUCGUCCUCCAGGCUGCCCUCCAGCUCAGCGACGCCGAGACGGCGCAAUUUGCGCACCUGCUCCACGCCCUCGAGGCAGGCGCCCCACCGCACGCCGGCAUCGCCCUCGGCUUCGACCGGCUCAUGGCCAUCCUCUGCGGCACACCGACGAUCCGCGACGUCAUUGCGUUUCCCAAGAGCGCUACGGGCGCGGAUCCACUGUUUGGCUCGCCCGCGGCGCUCGUCAGCGAGGUGGGUGCAGAGCAGGUGGGGGAGCUCGAGAAGGAGGGAGAGGGAGGGACAGGAGCAGGUGGGCAGGAGGACACUUGGUUGAGCCAGUAUGGCCUUCAGAGGCGGCAGAGGAAGUGAGGGCGGGUGGCGCUUGCUGCACAGAGACAGGGUGGCAAAUGUAUAGAAGCAGCUUGAGUAGAGGAGCGGCAAGGAGAAUAAUGUACAUCUUUCUCAUCAUCAUCAUCAUCGUCGUCGUCGUGAGGAAAUGAAAAGAAGAAGCCGAAAAGG